UCGGGUCAGCAACUUAUAACAGAAGAACAACCUGCACGGCAGCAGAACAAGUGGCAGCCUCUGGGGGCUACAGAUCGUUCUAUUAUCCAUGUCGCUUCCAAACAUGCAGCACAGGAGCCGCCAAUCUCUGGAAAUGCUGGAAGGUCAGAGCUGUGCUGUUGGCAAGGUGACAUUGGCAGAGACCUUGCCCUUUCCAAUACGUAGAAUUGAAAAGAAAAUGGGAUCUAUAACAGCCUGCAGUUCUCUGAUUGUCGUUAUGCUCUUUAUUGCACUGACUGGACUUACUUUUACCAUAUACAGCUUAUAUCACCUCCAACAUCAAGUUACCCAAAUGAACCAGAUCAACGACAAUCCACAGAGCACACCACAGAAGCUUAUUGGAACUGCAGACAAGAGAGAGACAAAGAAUGACAUUAAAAUGGCUGCUCAUCUUACAGGGAAGGAAACCGCUGAUGGUUCUGAUAGAUUGAUGUGGGAGUCUCUGUUGGGCAACGCCUUUGUAGAAGGGGUUACAUACAAGGAUGGAGCAUUGGUCAUCAAUAAAACUGGACAAUACUUCAUUUACUCAAAAAUCCAUUUCCGUGGAAGGGAAUGUCAGACGGUGCCGUUGCACCAAACCAUUCUUAAACGUGACAACACUUACCUGAUGGACAUGAGUCUGAUGAGAGUUCGGGAGGUAAACUACUGCAGUGGCACUGGAGCCUGGAUGAAGAGCACUUUUCAGGCUGGAAUAUUUCACCUGAAUGAAGGAGUGGAGUUGUUUGUCAGUGUCUCGAAUCCAACAAUGGUCAGUCCUGAUGAGCUUAUGACUUUCUUUGGACUCUACAAGGUUUAGAUCAUGCUUUCAAGGUGGAUAUGACUUGAUACAUAGUGGAGGCCUAGCAGUCAUUGUGCUUUGACUGCAUGCUAAUUCUUUCCUUUGCAAGCUACUUAAAUUGUUGUAAACUAUCUAUUAUUUAGGAAGUAAGGGAAAAGCUUUUGUAAUCCAUUCAUUGAAAUAUAAAGCUUGGAACAUCGCUUAUUUCCAAUUUUGACUUCUUGCUUUAAGUUGAGGUAAAAUUUGAACACGUGUACCAUUCAAGCACCUCGUGGAAGUGAUCAUACUUCAUGUCUGUACCUAGACAGUGUGUUAUCAAGCUGUUUCUCUUUUUAUCAGCAGUGGGCUGGAGGGGAGGUCAUCAAAUUUGAAUCUAGUAUCACUAGUGUUUAUAUCUAUUGGUACACAAAUCUAAUAAGUUUCCAUAAAUUUCAGUGUUUUGAAAUGCUAAUCCCCAACAGCUUUUAGGGAGAACAAAUCCCAUAAUUUCACCAUUCUUUGUCUGAGGAACCCCAAAUAUUCCUAGCUUUUAUAUUUGGUCUGUCCUUUUCUUUUAGGGUCUCCCACAAGAAGAAUUAUUCUCUCCACCACAUCCAGUAUAUAACACAGCAACUGGAUCACUCCUCAAUCUUCUGUAUUUGAGGGAAUACACAUCUAGUCUGUCCUCAGUAAUUUAACUAUUUAAACUCUGGUUUCAUUCCACUCAAUCCAUGUUGUACGCACUUCAAGUCCAAUUUGGCCCUUCAUUAGAUACAGAAAAUGAACACAAUACUGGAGAUGGAAUCUAACCAGAGCUCUAUAAAACUGAAGCAUAAAUUUCACCCCUUUAUAUUCCAACUCACUUGAGGUGAAGUCUGAGGUUCUACUUGGUGGUGUAACUCUCUACUAGCUCAUGAUGAUUUCUGUGCAUGAAGCUUUAUGCCUCUGCUCCUUCCCAGUCCCCAAGUUCUUUCCAUUUCUGCAAGAAAGUCAUAGGGUCAUAGAAUCUCAGAAACAGGCCCUUCGAUACACCAUGUUUGUGCCUAAGUAUCAAGUACCUAAUUGUGUUAAUCUCAUUUCUUUGUACUCGGUAUUUUACUAAAGAGUGACUAAAUUGAUAGACACAAAUUGUGCCACAGUAUAGGUGGUGAGAACUGACUCCAAUGUAAUUCAGUGUUUGAGGUAUAAUCUGACUGCCCCUGAGUAAUGGUCGAUCCAUGGUGCUAAUUUGGAGUAGGUGACUGAAGGGGAGGCUGACAUUAAAUGGUUCCUCACUUCCUCACUGGCUGGUGACGGAGUAAAUCUAGCUCUCCUAGCAAGUCAUAAGAGAAAGGUCUCAAGUUCCUAAAUGAUGAAAAAAGCUUAUACGUUACUGGAAUGGUGUGGCCAUCCCCUUUGUGCACAGGCAGGUUGGGAUUCCCAAAUAUUAUUCCAACAAAUUUAUUGCAAUCUCGUCAGCACAUGGCUGAAGCUGGGCUCCUUCAGUUGCCCAAGACAAUAAUUAGACAAUAAUCAAAGUCUGGCUGGUUGUUUCACCCCAAGAUAAAAUAGAAAAUUGGAUGGUUUGGAAAAUGUGUGGCUGACUUGUUACUCACUGUAUGCAGUACUUCGUAAGACUGAUUCCACCUCAAAUCUGGUGAGAUUAGUACAAUCUUGCAAAGGUAGACAGUAUUAAAUAAAUUCAAUUUAGUUGAAUUUUUUUUCCUUUCAAUGUGCUUAUCGAUAUUUAUGAUGAAAAUCUGAUUUGGUUCAAAGUAUCAUUUUUGGAUUAUCAGGGUUGAUGCCCUUUGGUUUCCAUUGCCUUUAUUGAACACCAUGGGUGAGUCUGCCUAUACCAUUGGCUUGGAGAACAUGGGUCCAGAAAGGGUUCCACAAUUAAUAAUGGGAAAUAAGUUAUUUUGGGAAUAAUGGGAAACAAAUUGUUGACUGAACUUAAAUUGACAAUUUGUAAUGAAUUUCCAGGGACCAAAUGAAACAACAUCCAACACUCCGAGGAGCAAUGCACCACUUUAGUUUUCCUUAAUUGGUUUAUGAAAGUCAAAUGCUUUUCCCUUUUUCUCUCCCAGUGGAAGUUUAGGUUGCGUAUUUGAACCUCCUCAGGCUGAGGGCAGUCAGGCCUCUUACCUCUCCCCCAGUGAAGACGGAUGCACCCGUUGCCUUGGCAAUGGAGUUUGCUUUAGUAUCCCUGCUCCUUACAGCCAUUCCCAGCCUCCCAUAUAGAACAGAAGCAGCUCCACUCUUGCAACAGCACUCUGCCCCGAACCAGUGUGUUGCACUAUUACACUGGGUACAAGCUGAGGUCGAGUAAAAUACUCUAGAUCUUUAUACUUUGGUUAAAUUGAGAUGGUAACGAUGCAACUUUUAUUAUUUUAAUUUUGCUUUUAUUGCACAGUCAUAAGUAAGGUUCAAUAUCAAAUUCAUAAUGCCUGCAAGUAUUCCUGUAAAAGA